CCACAGUCGCGAAAGGUUGUUUCUGAGCGAUCGUUGCGUGUUUUGUAAAAAUUCCUCUGGAUCGCAUAUCGGAAAUCGGUUUAAAUAACGUUUGCAGCAUAGAUCAAGAAUAUCUACGCUAGAAUGUGGUGAUUUUCAAUGUGAAAACUAAAGUUAUGGUGCUUUAUUAUGAUUUUCAUGUUCACAGCGAACCAGUAGUUGCUUGCCUCAGGUGAAGAUUUUCCUCCCUUUUUUCUGCAUUAUGUCCAAUGAAUGUGUGCAUACGUGUGUUGACAAGUGUUUGACAACUUCUGGAGCUAUGCAAAAGUGUAGUUGUGUAAUUUCGGGCAAGCAAACGGAAAAAUGAAUGUGAAAGAAGAAAAAUAACAAAGAGUGAUUCGAGAUUGUUGUCAUCGCUUGUGGAUACCUCGCCGGAUUCGUACCUACAAGUGAAGUUCCUGUAUUUGGAAGAAAUAUCGAUUUGAUCUGAGCCUAUUUGGUGAAGUUUGGUGGUGUGAAACGAUUGCUAAGUUUAAUCUCGAAAGUAUAUCUCAAGAAUCACAGUUGUAGAGUGAAGAAUAUGCAAUUUACGGAUGCGUAACCAGAAAACAGUGCAGAAGCAACUGAAUCUCGUGUAUUUGAAGUCUAUAGUUCAUAUUAUUUGUGAAGAAAGCAUAUUAUCACAAUGUUUUCCAAGAAGAAGAAAAAGCCGCAAAUUUCGUCCCCCAGCAAUUUUGAGCAUCGCGUUCACACCGGAUUUGACAAGCGAGAGGGGAGAUAUGUUGGCCUUCCACUUCAAUGGGCAUCCAUCGUUGGGAACAAUCAAAUUCUGAAAUCCACCAACCGUCCACUACCGCUUAUUGAUCCAUCGGAGAUCACGCCUACAGAGAUACUUGAUUUGAAAACUAUUGUACGUCCUCAUCAAACUGCGAACACCAGUAUUGUGUCCUCGGCUAGCACCGGUGGAGAGCCGGGUAAAUUGAUUCUACCGAAAACGUCCAGUGUGGCACGUUCGAACUCACUCCGAAGCUCCAGCCCACCGCGUGUGAGACGUGGAGAACUGCGUGCAAACACGAACGUUCCUCCUUCCGUCCCGGAAGAGCCCCAUCAGCUGGUUGGUAAUCAGUCACCGUUUCCCACCGCAAGCAAUUUUCCUCCGGUUCCUGCCAAGCAGAACUAUCCAGGAAACCCACUUCAUCCUCACCAGCAACAGCAGCAUCAACAGCACCAACACCAGCAAUCUCCUUCCUUCUCGGAAAAUCAAUCGAAUUUACACAAUGCAAAUAACAACUUUGACCCGCAGUUCAAUCCCCAAGCUCAUCAGCAUCCUCAUCAGAUGCCUUAUAGUCAUCAACACCAGCCUCCGCCACAAACGGCGACCCAUCAUCAUCAUCUGAAUGGAAAUCUCGUAGGACAGCAACAGCAGCAGAAUGUCGCAAACAACAAUAAUGGUACCAAUGGGAAUCAUCUCUCUAAUCCAGUCAACGUGGUGACGGACGCCGGCACGCUGUAUCCUAAUAGAUCACAAAAGUCUUCCCCUACCGGUUCGGAUGGUAUCCACCGUUACCCGCAUCAAACGUACCCCGGGCAGUAUCCAGGAUCAAUUCAAGGAUAUCAACAACAUGGAAGUGGUGCGCCACCGUUACACAGUAAACCCAACUUCAACAAUUCCCCUCUCGGUCAAGGCCAAUCAGCUGUAACGCCGCCGCAUCCAAAUCAUCUUCAUCAGACCAUGCAUACGCAGAUGCCACCUCAAGCAGGAUUGUCGGCAACACAGCAGCAGCAGCAGUACGACGGAUCACUUGGGAACCUGGCCGCUCAUCACCAGCAUCAUCAUCCGAACCAUCUUGGAAGCGGGCAAACUGCGACGAUUGGUCUGCAACUUCAGCCACAACAGCUUCCUUCUCAUCAGCAGCAGCAACAGACAGGAACUGGUCCCAUCAAUGGACCCGGACAAUUUCCGAACCAUCAUCAGCCUAACAUGCACCACAAGAUGCCAUCACCUACUUCCAUCGCUGGGUCUAAUACCGAGCAGAAUGUAAAUAGUUUAAACAAUAUCCAUCCCAGUACAAAAGCCAACUCGCGUGCUUCCAGCUCGAGCGGAGGAAACAUUUCUGUGGCACACAGUACAACAUCAUCCGUCCAGACGGGUGGCGUUAGUCAGCAAAGCGGUUCCGGGUCGACGAAGGCAGAACAGCGAUUGACACAUGAACAGUUUCGUGCUGCAUUGCAAAUGGUCGUUUCGGCUGGUGAUCCACGGGAGAAUUUGGAAAAUUUUACAAAAAUUGGUGAAGGCUCCACGGGAACUGUCUGUAUUGCGACUGAUAAAUCGACGGGACGCCAGGUGGCUGUCAAAAAAAUGGAUUUGCGAAAACAGCAGCGGCGCGAGCUGCUAUUCAAUGAGGUGGUUAUCAUGAGAGACUACCAUCAUCCGAACAUCGUGGAAACAUACAGCAGUUUUCUGGUAAACGAUGAACUGUGGGUUGUCAUGGAGUAUCUCGAGGGUGGUGCCCUGACAGACAUCGUUACCCAUUCGCGCAUGGAUGAAGAGCAGAUUGCAACGGUUUGCAAGCAGUGUCUGAAGGCGCUGUCCUAUCUACACUCACAGGGCGUCAUUCAUCGUGACAUCAAGUCGGACUCGAUUCUGUUGGCAUCGGAUGGUCGCGUGAAACUAUCCGAUUUCGGAUUUUGUGCCCAGGUUUCACAGGAACUUCCCAAGCGGAAAUCAUUAGUGGGAACACCCUACUGGAUGUCGCCGGAGGUAAUUUCUCGACUGCCGUACGGGCCGGAAGUUGACAUCUGGUCGUUGGGUAUAAUGGUCAUCGAGAUGAUUGACGGUGAACCACCUUUCUUCAACGAGCCCCCGCUGCAGGCAAUGCGAAGAAUUCGCGACAUGCCUCCGCCAAAAUUGAAAAAUUCUCACAAAGUGUCCAGCCGGUUACAGAACUUCCUCGAUCGAAUGCUUGUGAGGGACCCGGUACAACGCGCUACGGCAGCAGAAUUAUUGGCCCAUCCGUUCCUCCGACAAGCAGGACCACCCUCUCUUCUUGUGCCGCUGAUGCGCGGGGCCAGACAUAGUAAUUGUUAAUUGUUGUACUAUUUUUAUAGAUGAAUAUCGGUACGUAUUAUGAAACAAAGUUUUUUUAAAAAACGGCUCGAAGCUACGUAUUUUACAUAAGGGGAAUUAAGUGACCUUAGGUUUUGUAUAUAAUAUACACAUACUUUUAGUAACGGAAAUAUCAUAGCAUGUGCUCGAAAUAAUCUCGCGGCUUUACCUCAUCUAUUUCGACACGCCUUCAUUUUUGGAUGGUUGCAUCUAUAGGCAUCCAUAUUUUAGCAGCAUCAGGAUACGAAAAUUAAGUUAACGAAUUGUUUUAUACGUGAUCUGUUGUUAAAAGCAACCUUAAUUUAAGAUAAACCGUGUAUACAAUAUAUAGUGAAGAAACAUGUUAACAUAAUCGAUUUUAGUACUUCCAAGCAUUUUUAGUUGAUAUGUCAGUUGUAUUUACUAGACAAAAAAUAGCUUUAAAAUGUGUAACUCACGGAUAGUAGCACCCGGUGAGGAAUCUCAUUCCUCGUACAUCAAACGAAACAUUCCAGCAGUAUUUUCUCUGUAUCAACGUUGUCAAUGACUGUGAGUAAUGAAGAUUUUGAUAAAAAAUAUAUCACUGUAUCGUGUAGUCAGAAUCUAAAAACCCCCUAUUUGCCAUCUACUUGUUUCAAUGUUUUUGUCUUGUAGUAUACUUAGUUAACCUUAGAAAGCUGUACUAUAUACUCACUUCCAAUCGCUUUAAUGACUUCCGCGGCGAACAUACAACGACGAUCGAUUGCAUUUUUUAACAAUGUUUUACAUCCCCUCCGAGAACACACUCGAAUGGUAACGAUAUGGACUGACAUACCGAGCUAAUAUUUAACGGGCGAUGGAGAAAAAAAUGGGUUACAUUUUUCCACCACAGUAACGAAAGGCAGCGAAGAUAAAUUAUCUUUUAACAAAUAGUUAUGUUUACAAAUGUUUAGAUUAGUUAACUCCUACUUACUUUACGGUAUUAUAUAAGAACGAUAUUUUACAUAUAUGGAAUAUUACGCUAAUUGUAACACUCAUGAGAUAGGAUAAUGUAUUAUUAAAGUGGAAAUAAAAUUAUAAUAGCUGUGUUAUAUA